UAACCCUCCCCUUCUUCACAAAAUGCAGUUCAUCAUCAACAACUGGUCUCCACCAUUUCCAUCCUUCCAUAAAAUGCAUCCCAAUUCUCUCCUCCUCCAGCUUCUAUUCCAAACUCUAAUACCAUCACCACUACUACUAACAAAAACUCUAAUUUUCUCACUAUGUUUUUUUCCAAAUCCAAAACUUUUAAUUCUACAUCAAACCCUCCUCGUUACCGAGGUGUUCGUCGUCGAAGCUCCGGCAAAUGGGUUUCUGAGAUUCGAGUGCCAAGGAAGCCCAAUAGAAUUUGGUUGGGAACUUUUCCUACUCCUGAAAUGGCUGCCGUCGCUUACGACGUAGCAGCCCUAGCCCUCAAGGGCCCCAACGCGGACCUCAACUUUCCCAAUUCGGCAUCUUCGCUACCUGUGCCAGCCUCCACCGCCGCAUGUGACAUUCAGGCUGCAGCCACGUCUGCUGCGGCAGCUAUAGGGGCAGCUGCAGACGCAAUGGGGUUAGAUGGUAAUCACGUGAGUUGGAGUAGAGAAAAAGAGGAAGAUGGAGGAGGGUGUGAGGAGGAAUUAGUAGAGGGGGGAUUUGUAGAUGAAGAUAUGAUAUUUGAUAUGCCAAAUAUUUUGAUGAAUAUGGCUGAAGGAAUGCUUCUGACACCUCCACCCUUCAACUUCAACAUGAAUGCUUCAAAUGAUUUUGAAUAUCCUCCAACCUAUUCUCAAGACACCCUUUGGGAAUUCCCUUAGAAGAAAACCAUUUGAGAUAUUUUUCAAAAAAUGGUAAUUAUAAUUAACAUAUAUUAGG